GAGACAUCAAUAAGGAGGGAGAAAAAAUUAUAAUGGCUUCAAGGAAUGUGCAAUAAAACCAACAAAAUGGGAACUGUCGACGUUUGAUGAUACACAUAUUUAGGUAAAAGUGUCUAAUCUUUUAGUUAGUCGCCCUCCCGGAACGAUUUGAUGAAUAUUCCGUGUGUGCUGCUGAUGUGCUGCCGGUUUCCUCCCAACGCAAACUUUGACAUGCUCUGCGUUCGUAUUUGGACACAAGAAAUGCCUGACACAUCGCUGCAAAACCACCUGGAGGGGGUGCUAAGGCUGCAAAAUGAUGCCAGACAGCUCUUCACUUUCAGUAGCUAGGGCCGUGUGGAAGCAAAGGUGUGUGCAUGUGUUUGUGCAAACACAUGUUAUUGUGACCAUCUACUGAUGACGUGCUCUUCUGAUGUUGGAUUUAAGGAAAAUUGCCAUAUGAUGUCUUCUUGAAUCAGAUGUCACCUUCUUGGAUUGUCUGCUAUUGCUAGUGGUUCUCCAUCUAUAAAAACGUUUAAUGUCUAGUUUAAUUUACGUACAUAGAACUGUAUUGUGAAUCAGUCAUUUCCUCCACUCUCUCUCUAAAUUCCUCUCCUCCAUCCCAUUCCCCAUACACCUUUUGCGAGUUGUUUUGGUGGCUCUGUGAUUUUAUGGCAGCGGUGUAAUCGUGGAGAGGCCGGGGUAUCACAAGCUUAUGGAUUUUGAUAAGAGAGGAGGAGGUGGCGGAGGAAAAGGAGAGGUUGAGGAGGGAAAGAGAAUGUCUAAGACUGGGAGCAGGACAGGGCAUGGAGGGGGCCGAGGCUCUGGGACCAACUCUGGGGUACUUAUGGUUGGCCCUAACUUCCGAGUGGGAAAGAAGAUCGGCUGCGGAAACUUCGGCGAGCUUCGACUCGGGAAGAAUCUUUACACUAAUGAAUAUGUGGCCAUUAAACUGGAGCCAAUCAAAUCCAGAGCACCCCAGCUCCACCUUGAGUACAGGUUUUAUAAACAGUUGGGGAACUCAGAGGGCGUUCCUCAGGUGUACUACUUUGGUCCUUGUGGGAAAUACAAUGCCAUGGUGCUGGAGCUGUUGGGGCCUAGUCUAGAGGACCUGUUUGACCUCUGUGAUCGAACCUUUUCCCUCAAGACCGUCCUCAUGAUUGCAAUUCAGCUGAUCACACGGAUGGAGUUUGUGCACACAAGAAGUCUUAUCUACAGGGAUGUUAAGCCUGAAAACUUCUUGGUGGGCCGGCCGGGGACCAAGAGGCAACAUACGAUCCACAUCAUUGACUUUGGGCUGGCCAAAGAAUAUAUUGACCCUGAGACCAAAAAACACAUCCCUUACAGGGAGCACAAGAGCUUAACAGGCACAGCUCGAUACAUGAGCAUCAACACACACCUGGGCAAGGAGCAAAGCAGACGGGACGAUUUGGAGGCGCUUGGUCAUAUGUUUAUGUACUUCCUACGAGGCAGUCUACCCUGGCAAGGCCUGAAGGCGGACACACUUAAGGAGCGCUACCAGAAAAUUGGAGAUACCAAAAGGGCAACCCCUAUAGAAGUACUUUGUGAGAGUUUUCCCGAAGAGAUGGCCACCUAUCUGCGCUAUGUGCGGAGACUGGAUUUCUUUGAAAAACCGGAUUAUGACUACUUGAGGAAACUCUUUACAGACCUCUUUGACAGAAAUGGCUAUGUCUUUGACUAUGAAUAUGACUGGGUCGGCAAGCCACUGCCGACUCCAAUAGGACCUAUGCCUAGUGACACACCUCUGCAGCCCAGCAGCAGAGACAAAGCACAACCACAGACCAAAAACCAGUCGCCAGAACCCAAAGGAAGUGAGUCUCAGCCCACUCCCGUGACCAACAGGGAGCUCCUGGGGUCGCACCUCACAGCCGAUAGGUUGGGGGGCUCUGUCCAGGUUAUGAGCUCGACGAAUGGAGAAGUGAAUACCGAUGAUCCCACGGCGGGACACUCCAACGCUCCCAUUACAGCCCCUGCUGAGGUGGAGGUGGCCGAUGAUACAAAGUGCUGUUGUUUUUUCAAGAGGAGGAAGAGGAAAGCACUUCAGCGGCACAAGUGAGAAGGAGCAUGUUUGAAACAUUCACUGGCGUGUGUAAAGAAAACAAAAAUAAAGGACUUGAUCUGAAAUGUGGAACACCUUCCCUUUCUAUCUGUGCUCUGAGUGUUGUGCUCCACCUCAGAACACAAACUCACUGCCUUACUUGUGGCAUCCCUUCGGAGAAAACACACAUCAGUACUCUGGGCUCUGACACUUUUUGCAAGGAGACAAUUCAGUGGAACAGGUAAAUAUAUUUGUACAAUGUGGGACAUCAGAAGAGACUUAAAUGGUCAUAAAUAAGAUGAUUUAUGUAUGUGACUUAAACCCAGAUGGACUGUUGGAACUUGUAUUUUAGAUGACAUCCAAAACCAUUAUUUGAGAACUAAAAGGCAACCACAAGCUCACAUUCACACAAACAUCUGUUUACAAUGACAAACUGGCUGAAUGAGUGAGUGGUGUACUCCAUGGUGUUUUGUUUUAUGGGACCAAGUAUCGAGAAAUGUGCACCAUAAUCUAACAACCGAUGUAAAUUGUCUUUCCCUUUUAUUUUUUAAUUUUUUUUUUAAUUUAAGUUGUUUUCAAAAUGUGCUCUCCCUGAGUUGAACAGUUUUACUCAUGUUGUAGAAUGUGUGAUUAUUUUUUAACCGCUCGUAGUGUUUUUUUUGUUUUUUUAUUAUGUUCCUGUCAAUGUGGAUGAUAUUGUAGCACAGUGGCUGGUCUCAGGUACUGUGAGAGAUGGAGAGAAUUAUAUGGGAUCUCUCCUCUCUGAAUUGCACUUUUGGGGGGCAAAAAGAAAACCGUCAGGCAUUGAAAUGAACAGAAAUCAACCUAAUUAAAGGCAGAUAUGAGAUCAUUAAAACAGCAGGCUGGUCUCUUUCAAAGAAACACAAUGUGAUGCUCUCAGUGAUAAGGGGGGUGGGGUGGGGGAUAAUGUCUUGUGCUUUUUAUUUUUUGCAUUAGAUUAAGUUACCUGGGAAACAUAGUUUGUGCCUUUCCAAGUAAAACAUUUAACACUAAUGUGUCCCACUCUUAAAUUCCUAUCCAGGUUGAGGUGUCCAUGACCCUCUCAGAUUGCUUAUUCUCUACUGUGUGCUUCAUGCCAGUCAAAUGAAGUUUGUUGGCAUUUCUCAGAUUUCUUUUUACUGUUGUAAAGUGUAUCAUAGCAAACCUCCACAAGAUGUGAGUCUAUGGGUUUAUACGCAGUAACAAAGGUUGCCUGCCUAUCAGAGUGAGGAUGUGUAUUGAUUUACAUACCUAUUAAAUGUUGCUUUUCUUCUA